UGUUUACACACUCCUCAACCAAAUACCAUCGGGUCGCAUCUCCUCAUACGCCGCACUAUCCAGAGCCCUCUCGUCUUCACCAAGAGCCGUCGGCGGAGCAUUGAGAAGAAAUCCCUUCGCACCAGAAGUUCCUUGUCACCGCAUAUCUGCGCAGAUGGAGUAAGUGAGAUUUUACUUCCUCUCCUGGUCUUUUUAAAGUGUAUCAAAUACAGCUGAGUCUUUUACUUCAACGAAGGCCAAAGCUAACAAUCGAUGCAGAACAUUGGUGGUUUCAAGGGUGAAGCCCAGGAUGCGCCAUCCAAAAUAAAUCAAACGGAGAAACUACGACUUCUGAAGAGUGAGAGCGUUUUUUUGAUGGGAAUGGGAAGUUGCUGGAUGAGAAGAGAUGGUGGGAUGAGUUCAAGGUCUGAUGAGAAGGGUGUCAUGGUGCUGAGACACAUCUAUGUAAAGGUGUAA